UCUGCAAACGAAAUGAGUACUGUGGACCGAAGCACUUUGGCCAACCUUCCAAGUUUACUGCGAUUGGAUCUAUCCAGCAAUCGCUUCUUAUGGUUUUCUCCCGAUUGGCUUCCUGGUGCAGGCCAACUUUCCUACCUAUCGCUCAGCUAUAAUCAGAUCGCCGGCUUGAGUCCUAAUUUGUCCAUUAUUCUGCCGGAAUUGCGUCAGUUGCAUCUGGUUGGCAAUCAAUUUACACGAUUACGACGUCAGGUUCCCCUGCGUGAACAUCUGCGCAACUUGAAAGUCACAUCGGUGCGUUUCAUCAUCACACCUCUAAGGAGGCAUGUCUAG